AUGCCUUGUAGGCACUUGGCGGCAGCAGAAGAGGUCAACCCAAUUGACCGCUUCAAGCGAACACCUCUUGAGGACGCGGUCCGCGGCGACCACGGCGACCUGGCCACCCUUCUCAUCCAGCGCGGAGGCCGAGUGCUGGACAAGGAGGGCAACCUGGUGGAGCUGGCGGACUCGCCACUGGCCGGCAAUGUGCGCAUCUUCACCGACUACGACCCCGAGUGGGAAAUUGACCCAAUCAACAUUAAGCUUAGCGAGAAGAUCGGCGAGGGCGAGUUCGGUGUGGUUUACAAGGCGAAUUGGAACGGCACGCUGGUGGCGGUCAAGGUGCUCAAGGAGACGGGGGCUGUGGCGCUGGGUGACUUCCGCACGGAGCUCAACGUGCUGCAGAAGGUGCACCACCCGCACACGGUGCAGUUCCUGGGUGCGGUGACCAAGCAGACCCCUUUCAUGAUCGUGACGGAGUACAUGGUGGGGGGCUCCCUGGCGGACUUGUUCAAGGGGCAGCGCUUCCCCAGCAUGUGGCGCUCCGUGCAGCUGGCAUUGGAUAUGGCCCGGGGGCUGGCCUACCUGCACAACCGCAGCCCACAAGCCGUCAUUCACCGAGAUCUGAAGCCGGCCAACCUCAUGAUUGGCGGGCCCAAGGUCUUCUCUUCUCACCACCGCCAGAUAUGCCUGGAGGAGAUGGGGGUACUCAAGAUUGCGGACUUCGGUCUAUCCAAGUCGCUCAAGCUGACCAAGCCCAAGCGCCACCGCGGCUCCCUGGACACAACCCCGGACAACUCGGUGCUCAACGGCCGCAACAACCCGAGCAGCAACAACGGCGGAGGCGGAGGCAUGCUGGGGACGCCCAAGGGCUCCGUGCACGAGGGCGACAAGGCCGCCACCAGCUACAAGCUAACAGGCGAGACCGGCUCCUACCGCUAUAUGGCGCCGGAGGUGUUUCGACACGAACCGUACAACAACAAAGUGGACGUUUACAGCUUCGCUAUGAUCUGCUUCCAGUUGUUCGAGGGACUGCCCCCCUACUGGAACAUGGACCCCAUCGAGGCGGCCCGCGCGGCGGCACUGAAGGGCCUCAGGCCGCAGUGGGGCCCCACCAACCGGCGCGACCAGGUGGUUCCCCCUCGGCUGAAGCGCAUGGUCGAGACGUGCUGGUCGGCCGACUACGAGGCGCGACCGGAGUUUGUCGAGGUCAUUGAGAUGCUGGAGGAGGCGGCCAAGGAGCUAAAACCGGACCUCAUGGAGAACCGCCGACCAGCCAGCGCUGCCAAACGGGACGCCCAGCCGCAGCAGCUUGUGGCCUCUGCGGACCACCAUUGCUGCAACCUUAUGUGA